AUGGACUCAUCAAAGGAAACUACAGACAAACAAGGACUCACAAUGGAACGUGCGCUAGAUAUUGCACACGCUUUCAGCAAAACUCGUCAUGAAGAUGCAGAAAACUUGACUCUGAUUUGGUUGGAUGUUCCAACUAAUAAAAAUAAUGACAUUAGCAAACGUUCAAUAAUUACCGAACAGUUUCAUCGUAUUUUCAACAAUGUCUACACAUUUGAUGAUAUUGAUGCGUUUAUAGAUCAUACGACUGAGGUUCGACAUGAAUUCAUUUUCCUCAUUAUUACUGAUUUUUCAAUUUCAUCGGCUAAUAUUGGACACAUAUUAAACCGGGCUGGACAAAUUUACUCUCUUUACAUAUUGCAAAAUGAGGAUGCAAUGAUUCAGCAUGAGUUGGAGUUGAGAAGAUUUCGAGGUCGAUUUUCAUCCGCAACAGAGAUGUGUGUUCAAUUACGAAAGGAUGCAACGAAAUGUGAACACGAUCUGAUUGGUUUCCACGCUGUUGGCAAUAAGAAUCGCACUAAUGACGAGCAAGAAGCGAAUUUCAUGUAUGCUCAAUUGUCAAAGGAAUAUCUUCUUGAUAUUGCAAACAGUGAAACGAAUGAUAUAACAGAGAUGAUCGAAUAUUGUCGUCAUAAAUACGUCGGUAAUCAACAUGAACUCAGUCGUAUCAAUGAACUAGAGAAAAACUAUUCGAAUCAUUCACCUGUCUGGUGGUACACUUGCGAUGGAUUUUUGUAUAAAAUGUUAAAUAAAGCAUUACGACUACAAGAUAUCGAAACGCUUUAUGCUAUGCGCGUCUUUACUAAAGAACUUCAUGAACAACUUGUUAAUUUACAUCAUUCACAACGGAAUGACUUCAUGAACUCGGGUAAAACUAUUCUUUAUCGUGGUCAACAUAUGUCAUUAAAUGAGUUUCUUCCAUUGAAAAAUAAUCAAGGCGGUCUUGUCUCCAUGAAUAGUUUCUUAUCAACAAGUAAGAACAUAAACGUAGCUAAAGUGUUUGCUGGUGAUAAUUCAUAUAUCUUGGAUGAUGCAAUAGUUGCGGUUCUUCUAAAGAUUCAUGUUACAAUUAAUGACUCUGAUGACAUACCACCAUUUGCUUGUAUUGAUGGAUUUAGUUUCUUUGCGAGUGUUGAAAAUGAAGUUCUUUUUUCAAUGGGAACUGUUUUUCGAAUCGAAAGUAUUACGGAACAGACUUCCGACGGUAAUUUUUGGCUGAUUGAAUUGAACUUGACCAAUUUUAAUGAUCCACAAUUAACUGAAUUGACUCAAUAUAUGAGGGAACAGGUGCAACAUGCACUUCCACGCGACCGUCUGUACAAUCUCUUGGUUCAUAUUGGACGACAUACACAGGCCAUGCGAUUUUUGCAAUUAGCGUUGCAAGAAGUGAAGAAUAGCGAUCAACCUUCUCAAGCAGCAUUACGUCACCAACUCGCUUUUAUCUUUCACGAAAUGGGAGAUCUCCAGGAAGCCAUUGCAGAGUACGAACGAUCGCUGACGAUUUUCUUAUCGUAUUUAGCAGACGAUGAUCCCAAACUUGCUGUUACGUACGCGAAUAUGAGUAGUGUUUAUCGUGAUUUAGGUGAACUUGAUUAUGCUUUGGCAUACAUUCAACGAGCUUUGGAUAUUGACGAGCAGCAUAACAGUCAUGAAACAAUUCUAGCGGCUCGGUUUCAUUGUAUGGGUAUGAUCUUUUAUGAUCAAAGGAAAGUCGAUCAAGCGAUCGAACAAUUCGAAAAAGCGCUAUCAAUUUGGACGAAACAUUUACCAGCGACACAUCCAAAUAUUGCUGAGUUAUUAAAUAAUUUAGCUACAAUAUACUAUCAACAAAAGCGUUACGAUGAAGCUUUGCACAUGUACGAAAAGUGUUUAGAUAUCGAAACGAAAUCUUUACCCCCUGAUCACCCGUCAUUGGCAAUUACUUAUAAUAAUAUUGCAUUGACUUAUUAUCAUAAAGGUCAAUAUCCAGAUGCAUUGGAUUUCAGUCGUAAAGCAAUUGAAUUAAGCAGUCGAUCAUUAGGUGAGCAACAUUCAAAUAGGCAAAUCUUUCAGAAUACAUUCGAAAUCAUUCGACGGAAAUUAUUCGGAUCUUUACAAGGUGAAGAUGUUGUUGAAUGA